AUGAACGGAGCAAAGUACGGAGAGAUCCAUGAUGAGAACCUGCCCCAGAGCGCUCAGGACCUCAGACUAGGGGGAAGCGUCCCCACCCCAACGCACCCCACUCAGCCAGGGGUCCCCUGCACUGCAGCGCCCCAACCCAACGCAACCCACUCACCCAGGGGUCCCCCGCCCUGCAGCGCCCCAACCCAACGCACCCCACUCACCCAGGGGUCCUCCGCCCUGCAGCGCCCACACCCAACGCACCCCACUCACCCAGGGGUCCUCCGCCGUGCAGCGCCCACACCCAACGCACCCCACUCAGCCAGGGGUCCCCUGCCCUGCAGCGCCCCAACCCAACACACCCCACUCAGCCAGGGGUCCCCUGCCCUGCAGCGCCCCAACCCAACGCACCCCACUCACCCAGGGGUCCUCCGCCAUGCAGCGCCCCAACCCAACGCACCCCACUCACCCAAGGGUCCUCCGCCGUGCAGCGCCCCAACCCAACGCACCCCACUCAGCCAGGGUUCCCCCGCCCUGCAGCGCCCCAACCCAACGCACCCCACUCACCCAGGGGUCCUCCGCCGUGCAGCGCCCACACCCAACGCACCCCACUCACCCAGGGUUCCCCUGCCCUGCAGCGCCCCAACCCAACGCACCCCACUCAGCCAGGGGUCCCCUGCCCUGCAGCGCCCCAACCCAACGCACCCCACUCAGCCAGGGGUCCCCUGCCCUGCAGCGCCCCAACCCAACGCACCCCACUCACCCAGGGGUCCUCCGCCGUGCAGCGCCCCAACCCAACGCACCCCACUCAGCCAGGGUUCCCUGCCCUGCAGCGCCCCAACCCAACGCACCCCACUCACCCAGGGGUCCCCUGCCCUGCAGCGCCCCCACCCCAACGCACCCCACUCAGCCAGGGGUCCUCCGCCGUGCAGCGCCCCAACCCAAUGCACCCCACUCAGACAGGGGUCCCCUGCCCUGCAGCACCCCAACCCAACACACCCCACUCACCCAGGGGUCCCCUGCCCUGCAGCGCCCAACAACACACCCCACUCACCCAGGGGUCCCCCGCCCUGCAGCGCCCCAACCCAACACACCCCACUCACCCAGGGGUCCCCCGCCCUGCAGCGCCCCAACCCAACGCACCCCACUCACCCAGGGGUCCCCCGCCCUGCAGCGCCCCCAACCCAACGCACCCCACUCAGUCAGGGAUCCCCCGCCCUGCAGCGCCCCAACCCAACGCAGCCCACUCAGCCAGGGGUCCCCCUCCCUGCAGCGCCCCAACCCAACGCACCCCACUCACCCAGGGGUCCCCCGCCCUGCAGCGCCCCAACCCAACGCACCCCACUCAGCCAGGAGUCCCCCUCCCUGCAGCGCCCCCAACCCAACGCACCCCACUCACCCAGGGGUCCCCGCCCUGCAGCGCCCCAACCCAACGCACCCCACUCAGCCAGGAGUCCCCCUCCCUGCAGCGCCCCAACCCAACGCACCCCACUCACCCAGGGGUCCCCCGCCCUGCAGAGCCCCAACCCAACGCACCCCACUCACCCAGGGGUCCUCCGCCGUGCAGCGCCCCAACCCAACGCACCCCCACUCAGCCAGGGGGUCCUCCGCCGUGCAGCGCCCCCAACCCAACGCACCCCACUCACCCAGGGGUCCCCCGCCCUGCAGAGCCCCAACCCAACGCACCCCACUCACCCAGGGGUCCUCCGCCGUGCAGCGCCCCAACCCAACGCACCCCACUCAGCCAGGGGUCCUCCGCCGUGCAGCGCCCCAACCCAACGCACCCCACUCACCCAGGGGUCCCCUGCCCUGCAGCGCCCCAACCCAACGCACCCCACUCAGCCAGGGGUCCCCUGCCCUGCAGCGCCCCAACCCAACGCACCCCACUCAGCCAGGGGUCCCCCGCCCUGCAGCGCCCACACCCAACGCACCCCACUCAGCCAGGGGUCCCCUGCCCUGCAGCGCCCCAACCCAACGCACCCCACUCAGCCAGGGGUCCCCCGCCCUGCAGCGCCCACACCCAACGCACCCCACUCAGCCAGGGGUCCUCCGCCGUGCAGCGCCCACACCCAACACACCCCACUCACCCAGGGGUCCCCCGCCCUGCAGCGCCCCAACCCAACGCACCCCACUCACCCAGGGGUCCCCCGCCCUGCAGCGCCCCAACCCAACGCACCCCACUCAGCUUUAGGAUCUUAG